CUACCUCAACCUACUGAUAUUAUCAUUUGUACUCUUCCAAAAUCUGGCACAACUUGGCUUAAGGCACUAUGCUUUACAAUUUUCAGAAGAAGCCAACAUUCUGGUGGUUCUUCGAUAAACCCAUUACUCACAAAUAUGCCACAUGAUAUUGUGCCUUUUAUAGAGUUUUUAUAUUGUAAGGGUCGUGACUCUCAAAAUCCAUUGUUGUCUACUCAUGUUCCUUAUGCUUCCUUGCCUAAAUCAAUUGUGAAGUGCUCUACAUGUAAAAUAAUUUAUAUGUGUAGAGAUCCUAAAGAUGUCUUUGUCUCGCUAUGGCACUUCAAUAAUAAGAGCUUGGAUACUGAUGUUCUGUCAUGGGAAGAGGCAUUUGAUAAGUUUUGUACUGGGUUAUCUGCUGGUGGACCUUUUUGGGACAAUAUUUUAGGAUAUUGGAAAGCAAGCUUGGAAAAUCCUGAGAAAAUAUUGUUUUUAAAAUAUGAAGAUUUACAGAAAGAUACGUUGUUUUAUGUGAAUGAGAAUAGCGAGAGUUCAUGGGGUAUAGCAGAGUUCAUGGGGUGCCCUUUCUCUGUAGAAGAAGAAAGACAAGGUAUUGUACAAAACAUAGUUAAUUUUUGUAGUUUUGAAAGCUUGAGCAAUUUGGAGGUGAACAAGAGGAACAAGGUUGGCAAUGAAAUUCCUUUUAAAGUUGAAAAUAAUGCAUUCUUUAGAAAGGGUAAGAUUGGUGAUUAGAAAAAUUAUUUAACACCUGAUAUGGCAAAGCGACUUGACCAAAUAACUAAAGAGAAAUUUAGUAGUUCUGGUCUUAUUUUAUAGGUUAUUUAAUAGUAUUUGUGUGUAGCUUGUGCUUUGUAAGGAUCUGUGUUGUUUUUGAAAUUAUUGUUCUAUGUUUUAGAAUUAAAGGUUUGAUUGGUUUGUUUUUGAUAUUACAGUUCCAUGUUUUAGAAUAAACGAUGUGAUUAAGUCGUGGUUUUUAGAAGUCAAUAAGCAAAUUUCAU